ACAUGCACUGAAUGCAAAACUAGUAGAGCUAAAAAGAAAAUUUAUGAAAAAGUAGCUGAUACUAAUAUUAAAGAAGCCCCUAUUGAAAUAAUUAUAAUUGAUAAAAUUAGUGAUUAUAUUUCUAAUAUGAUUAAUGGAUUAGAAUAUGAUACUGCUCUAUUUUCUACUUUUUAUGUUAAACUUGAUAAAAUUAUUCUUAACACUGUUGGUGUGGAUGUUAGAGUAAUAGCUAAAUUAAUUAUUAACAAAAUUGAAAAAAGGGAUGAUUUCAAAUGA